CUGUCUGCACACACAGGUGGCCUUGGGCCGGCGUCACACCGAUAAAUACGGAGUGUGAAAACGAGCCCACGCUCCUUCGUGUGCCAGUCUGCACCACGUCCCUGGGUUGUCUUGAGUUUUCACAUUCCCUCUUGCCUGUGUUCUUCCCUCUCCACCCCGCAGACACGGGCAGCCAUGCCGCGCAGCCCCACGUCCAGCGAGGACGAGAUGGCUCAGAGCUUCUCCGACUAUUCCGUGGGGUCGGAAUCAGACAGUUCCAAAGAAGAGACCAUCUACGACACGAUCCGGGCCACUGCGGAGAAGCCGGGCAACGCCAGGACGGAGGAGAGCCAGGGCAACACACUGGUGAUCCGCGUGGUCAUCCAGGACCUGCAGCAGACGAAAUGCAUUCGCUUUAACCCGGACGCCACGGUGUGGGUCGCAAAGCAGCGGAUUCUGUGCACGUUGAACCAGAGUCUGAAAGACGUCCUGAACUACGGGCUGUUCCAGCCGGCGAGCAACGGGCGUGACGGCAAGUUCCUGGACGAGGAGCGGCUUCUGCGGGAGUAUCCGCAGCCCCUGGGCCAGGGCAUCCCCUCCCUCGAGUUUCGAUACAAGAAGCGAGUGUAUAAACAAUCCAAUCUCGACGAGAAACAACUGGCCAAGCUCCAUACAAAGACCAAUCUGAAAAAAUGCAUGGACCAUAUUCAGCACCGCUUGGUGGAGAAAAUCGUCAAGAUGCUGGAUCGAGGCCUGGACCCCAAUUUCCACGACCAGGAGACCGGAGAGACCCCUCUGACCUUAGCCGCCCAGCUGGACGACUCUGUGGAGGUCAUCAAAGCUCUCAGAAACGGUGGGGCUCACCUGGACUUCCGUGCCAAAGAUGGGAUGACCGCCCUGCACAAAGCCGCCCGGACAAGGAACCAAGUUGCCCUGAAGACCCUGCUAGAGCUUGGAGCGUCCCCAGAUUACAAAGACAGCUACGGCCUCACGCCCCUGUAUCACACGGCCAUCGUUGGGGGCGACCCCUACUGCUGCGAGCUCCUCCUGCACGAACACGCCACCGUGUGCUGCAAAGACGAGAACGGCUGGCACGAGAUCCACCAGGCCUGCAGGUACGGACACGUGCAGCACCUGGAGCACCUGCUGUUCUACGGGGCGGACAUGGGCGCCCAGAACGCCUCGGGGAACACGGCCUUGCACAUCUGCGCCCUCUACAACCAGGACAGCUGUGCGAGAGUGCUGCUGUUUCGUGGGGGCCACGCAGACAUUCGGUCCCAGCAGACCCAGACAGCAACACAAGUGGCGAUCAUCGCAGGCAACUUUGAACUGGCAGAAUACAUCAAGAACCACAAGGAGACAGACAUCGUGCCCUUCCGAGAGGCCCCGGCGUACUCCAACCGGAGGCGGCGGCCCCCCAACACGCUGGCCGCCCCCCGGGUCCUGCUGCGCUCCAACAGCGACAACAACCUCAAUGCCAGCGUGCCCGAGUGGGCCGUCUGCCCCACAGCCGCCUCCCACCGCAGCCUCUCGCCGCAGCUGCUGCAGCCGACGCCCAGCAGGCCCGAUGGUGCAGUGAAGACCAUCGGGAACUACAUCCCUGGGCCCCGCAGCCGGUCCCCCUCGCUCAACAGGCUGGGCGCAGGCGAGGAUGGCAAGAGGCACCGACAAGUCGGGUCGCCCUUCGCUCCUGGUGCCAACAAGGACCUGCUCUCGGCCUUCGAGUACCCGGGGCCCAAGAGGAAGCUCUACAGCGCCGUGCCCGGAAGGCUCUUCGUCGUCGUCAAGCCAUACCAGCCCCAGGUCGAUGGCGAGAUCCCCCUUCACCGCGGCGACAGGGUCAAAGUGCUGAGCAUCGGCGAAGGCGGCUUCUGGGAAGGCAGCGCCCGCGGCCACACCGGGUGGUUCCCGGCCGAGUGCGUGGAGGAAGUCCAGUGCAGGCCCCGGGACAGCCAGGCAGAAACCCGUGCGGACCGCAGCAAGAAACUCUUCAGGCACUACACGGUGGGCUCCUAUGACAGUUUCGACGCCUCCAGCGACUGCAUCAUCGAGGAGAAGACAGUGGUCCUGCAGAAGAAAGACAAUGAAGGCUUCGGGUUCGUGCUCCGGGGGGCGAAAGCGGACACGCCCAUUGAAGAAUUCACACCGACGCCGGCGUUCCCAGCCCUGCAGUACCUGGAGUCCGUGGAUGAAGGCGGGGUGGCCUGGCAAGCCGGACUGCGGACUGGGGACUUCCUGAUUGAGGUUAACAAUGAGAAUGUCGUCAAAGUUGGCCACAGGCAGGUGGUGAAUAUGAUCCGCCAGGGAGGGAAUCACCUUGUCCUUAAGGUGGUCACGGUGACCAGGAAUCUGGACCCGGACGACACUGCCAGGAAGAAAGCUCCCCCGCCUCCAAAGCGAGCGCCGACCACAGCCCUCACCCUGCGCUCCAAGUCCAUGACCUCGGAGCUAGAGGAGCUCGAUAAACCCGAAGAGAUAGUCCCGGCCUCCAAGCCCUCUCGAGCUGCCGAGAACAUGGCCGUGGAGUCAAGGGUGGCGACCAUCAAGCAGCGGCCCACCAGCCGGUGUUUCCCGGCUGUCUCGGACAUGAACUCCGUGUACGAGCGCCAAGGCAUCGCUGUGAUGACGCCCACCGUUCCUGGGAGCCCAAAAGGCCCGUUUCUGGGCAUCCCUCGAGGUACGAUGCGAAGGCAGAAAUCGAUAGGAAUAACAGAGGAAGAGCGACAAUUUCUGGCUCCUCCGAUGCUGAAGUUCACUAGAAGCCUGUCCAUGCCAGACACCUCCGAGGACAUCCCCCCACCGCCGCAGUCUGUGCCCCCGUCUCCACCACCUCCUUCCCCCACUGCUUACAACUGCCCUAAGUCCCCAACUCCAAGAGUCUAUGGGACCAUUAAGCCUGCGUUCAAUCAGAAUUCUGCCGCCAAGGUGUCCCCAGCCACAAGGUCUGACACGGUGGCCACCAUGAUGCGGGAAAAGGGAAUGUACUACAGGAGAGAGUUAGACCGCUACUCCCUAGACUCCGAUGACCUCUACAGUCGGAACGCUGCCCCGCAGGCCACCUUCCGCAACAAGAGAGGUCAGAUGCCCGAAAACCCAUACUCAGAGGUGGGGAAGAUCGCGAGCAAAGCCGUCUAUGUCCCUGCCAAGCCCGCCCGGCGGAAGGGGAUGCUGGUGAAGCAAUCCAACGUAGAAGACAGCCCGGAGAAGACGUGCUCCAUCCCCAUCCCCACCAUCAUCGUGAAGGAGCCGUCCACCAGCAGCAGCGGCAAAAGCAGCCAAGGCAGCAGCAUGGAGAUCGACCCCCAGGCCUCGGAGCAGCCAGGCCAGCUGCGGCCCGACGACAGCCUGACCGUCAGCAGUCCCUUCGCAGCCGCCAUAGCCGGGGCCGUGCGUGACCGAGAGAAGCGGCUGGAAGCCAGGAGGAACUCCCCAGCCUUCCUCUCCACAGACCUGGGGGAUGAGGACGUAGGCCUGGGGCCGCCUGCCCCCAGGACACGACCCUCCAAGUUCCCCGAGGAGGGCGGGUUUGGCGACGAGGAUGGCACCGAGCAGCUGUCGUCCCCAGUGCCAGGGGCAGCGCCCAGGGAGCCCGAGAACCAUUUCCUGGGUGGUGGCGAGGCCAGUGCUCAGGGUGAGGCCGGCAGGCCACUGAAUUCCACAUCCAAAGCCACAGGGCCUGAGAGCAGCUCGGCGGCGCCCCCCAAGAGCGGCGGCGCAGCCGGCCCUGAGAAUUACGUACAUCCGCUCACAGGGAGGCUGCUCGGCCCUAGCUCCCCGCUGGCCCUGGCCCUCUCCGCAAGGGACCGAGCCUUGAAGGAAUCCCAGCAGGGACCCAGGGGGGAGGCCCCCAGGGCUGACCUCAACAAACCUCUUUACGUUGACACCAAAAUGAGGCCCAGCACAGAAACCGGCUUCCCUCCAGUCACCAGGCAGAACACCCGGGGGCCCCUGCGGCGUCAGGAGACAGAGAACAAGUAUGAGACUGACCUGGGCAGGGACCGGAGAGGCGACGACAAGAAGAACAUGCUCAUCGACAUCGUGGACACGUCCCAGCAGAAGUCGGCCGGGCUGCUGAUGGUCCACACCGUGGACGCCGCCAAGUUGCACGAACCCCUGGAGGAAGAGGACGAGAAAGCAGACGUGGACAUGAAGCCGGACAACUCACUGUCUGAGGUGCCAGAAGGUGUUUCCGAAACCGAAGGUGCUUUACAGAUCUCCGCUGCCCCUGAGCCCGCCGCCGCGCCCGGCAGAACCAUUGUGGCGGCCGGCUCCAUGGAAGAGGCGGUGAUUUUGCCAUUCCGCAUCCCUCCUCCCCCUCUGGCAUCCGUGGACUUGGAUGAGGAUUUUAUUUUUACAGAGCCAUUGCCUCCUCCCCUGGAAUUUGCAAAUAGUUUUGAUAUCCCCGACGACCGCGCUGCUUCUGUCCCCGCUCUCACGGACUUGGUCAAGCAGAAAAAAAAUGACACUGCUCAGUCCCCUUCAUUGAACUCCAGCCAACCAACCAACUCUGCAGACAGCAAGAAGCCAGCCGGUCUUUCAAACUGUCUGCCUGCCUCAUUCCUGCCACCCCCUGAGAGCUUUGAUGCUGUCACCGACUCUGGGAUCGAGGAGGUGGACAGCCGGAGUAGCAGCGACCACCAUCUCGAGACGACCAGCACUAUCUCCACAGUGUCCAGCAUCUCCACCCUGUCUUCUGAGGGCGGGGAGAACGUGGACACCUGCACAGUCUAUGCAGAUGGGCAAGCAUUUAUGGUUGACAAACCCCCAGUACCUCCUAAGCCAAAAAUGAAGCCCAUAAUUCACAAAAGCAAUGCACUUUACCAAGAUGCGCUCGUGGAAGAGGAUGUAGAUAGCUUUGUUAUCCCCCCACCCGCCCCCCCACCCCCACCGGGCAGUGCCCAGCCCGGGAUGGCCAAGGUUAUCCAGCCAAGGACCUCUAAGUUGUGGGGCGACGUCACAGAGGUCAAAAGCCCAAUUCUCUCAGGCCCAAAGGCAAAUGUUAUUAGUGAAUUGAACUCAAUCCUGCAGCAAAUGAACCGAGAGAAAUCGGCAAAGCCGGGGGAAGGUCUGGAUUCACCAACGGGAGCCAAGUCCACCAGCCUCGCUCCAAGAAGCCCAGAGGUCAUGAGCACCGUCUCAGGUACACGGAGCACGACAGUCACCUUCACUGUCCGCCCUGGCACUUCCCAGCCCAUCACCCUGCAGAGCCGGCCCCACGACUAUGAAAGUAGGACCUCAGGAACAAGACGUGCCCCAAGCCCUGUGGUCUCGCCAACAGAGAUGAACAAAGAGAUUCUGCCUGCCCCUCUGUCCGCUGCUGCUGCCUCUCCUUCUCCCACUCUCUCAGAUGUCUUUAGCCUUCCUAGCCAGCCCCCCUCCGGGGACCUAUUUGGCUUGAACCCAGUGGGACGCAGCAGGUCGCCAUCUCCCUCGAUACUGCAACAGCCAAUCUCAAAUAAGCCUUUUACAACUAAACCUGUCCACCUGUGGACUAAACCAGAUGUGGCAGAUUGGCUGGAAAGUCUAAACUUGGGUGAACAUAAAGAGACCUUCAUGGACAAUGAGAUCGAUGGCAGUCACUUACCAAACCUUCAGAAGGAAGACCUAAUCGACCUUGGGGUGACUCGAGUUGGGCACAGAAUGAACAUAGAAAGGGCUUUGAAACAGCUGCUUGACAGAUAAGGACGGCUGCGCUUUACCUUUACAGACUUCUUGUUAUAAGUAGAGAUGGGCUUGCACUGAAGUACUGGAAUGGCCAAGCAAGUCUGUGAGCAUCAACCCCAUUCCAUGGGUUUGUCUCCUGGUACCCAAAGAAAUACUGUGUGUGUCCACAGUGUGGCUGAGCAGAGGCCUUGAAACCUUCAGCUUUCUAGGGGUUUCUUGGGCAGUUUCUGUCAAACAGGGGACAAGGAGAGAGUGUUUUUCUAGCAUGGAAAGAGAUUCCCAGCCUGCCUCCCAGCAUGCAGGUGACCUCACUUGCCAGGUCCAAGAAGCUCCCCGUCGAUUUCGCACGGGAUCCUUGCUCUUGUAGGCAGACACCAGUGUGUUCUAGAUACCUCCUGAGACCUCCCUCCUCUGCGUUCCGGGCAGCUCUCACCACCCUAGGCCCCAGCACGAGGCCUUCCUCAGUCCUGUGGCCUCUCAGAGGACCCCCGAUGCUCACUUGCUCCUUUCUCUCCUGUAUUUUGCUUGCAGUGAGAUGCUCCCAGAUGUGUUUGUCUGGUGCCCCUUCUUGGGCCUGAAAGGUAGAGAAACUUUUUUCCCUAUACAGAUUCUUUACUCCGUCUCAUCCUGUGAUGAGCAUCCAUGGUUCUUUGGCCAUGAAAUUCUUGGCAGUGGCGGGGAGUUUGAAUGGGAUCGUGCCCAGCUUUGCUUAGCUUUCUUUCUUUAUUUCUGCAAAUCUAUUAGCAUAAUUCCAAGGUGGCCAAACAGGUGUCACAUGGAGUUAGCCAAAGCACAAAGUCACGAUUCCAAAAAGGAGAGGAGACCUGGCCAUGGAACCAGCCAGUGUGCAGCUGCCUUGGUCCCAGGUCUCCUCAAGGACGAGAGCUGCUGUCUGCCAGGAGUAUCCAUCCAGGAUGGAGAAAGGGGUUCUCUGCCUCUCAGAAUUCUUUUUUGUGAAGGUGUGUUGAGCUCAGCAAAGACCAGAGCAGGUGAGCAUCUACUCUGACAUGAAGGACAAGAAGAUGCACAGCUCACAGUGGGCAUCACUGCUGCCCUGUGAGACGGUGUCUUCGCUGGGAGCUGGGGGGUGCAGGGCCCUCAGUUCUGAGCCCGACCAAGGGUGAGCAUCUCUGCUGAGACGGUCCUUUUGCUCUCAGAGGCCAGGGAAGAUGGUACUUCGGGGCUUUUCCCCUUUUUCUCUGGGUGUCUAGGAAUCCCACCAGCUUGUCUUAACAGUACAGCAGGUCCUCUGAGGACCCAGUGGGUAUGGAGUAUAGACAGAACCCAGGAUGGAGAACACAGGUGGGCUGCAGGAUCAAGGGGCGCAGCAGACGAGUAAGGAAAGGAAAGCAGGGAGGUCUCCUGGACAGCCAGCCGGCCUCUCCGGCAAGGCUUCCUUGAGUACCCCAGGCUCUCCCCUGCAGCCCCUGUCCCGGUAAUGAUACCUCUGACUGCCAAGGGAGGUCACCAACUGCACAUGGGCUGCAAAACAUCCAGUCAGGCUUCCAGCACAUUCUCCCACAUUUGGAGGAUACUCGAAUGUCAGGUUUUUGGUUUUAUUAUGAUUUCAGAACUAGCUCAGCCCAUCUCUAAUUAUAAAACAUGAUUUUUUUUUCCUUUUUUUUCUUUAUGCUCACGACCAAGUGUCUGGUUAGGUCUGGAACAGCUCUAGAAUGAAUACGUAAAAUUUAGAAAUUUAAAAUCUCUUUCUUUACUGCAAGUUUAAAUAGUUGUACAGAUAGUUUAUAAGCACAAUAUUUUAAGAAAAAAAAGUGGCUGGUCUACUAGGCAGCCUUUGUGCCACUUCAGUGCUAGAAAGUUAAAGAAAAAAAAAAAAACUUUUGUGAUUUAAUAAUACUAUUUCUGUGGAAUAAUUAUAAAAGUAUGACCUUUUUAAAUCAACCUUAUUUGGAUGCAUCUGAACCAGCAGAGCUGUGUUAUAUUUUCUAUCUUUGCUAGAACUUCAUCAUUGAAGGACAAUUUCUUCAAAAGUGGUUACAAUUCACAAUGCAGCAGUUUCUCUAAAAAUAAAACCAAAAUAUACACACACUACACGCACACAACUUUUCCAGCUACACGCCCCUGAUUUGGAAACUGAGUCUUUAGACCUUCUCCUGUUCCAAAAUGUUUUGCAGGUCAAUCUUUAUAUUUGAAUGAUCCAAUCCAACUUGAAAUAAUUGAAUAUUAAGGCGCUUUACUUUCACGUACUUUCAAUUUUUCCACUGGGGGAUGAACGAACAUUACUCUAGAGAAAUUUCCAGCCAAGAUACUAUAGGUGACCUGCUGGGCUGCCCAAUAUUUUAGAAAAAUGUAAAAAUGGUGGUUUGGCCAUUAAUUUGUCUUCCAUUUGGUGACAGUGCAAAAUUUAGUAAGCCCAUCACUUCACCAUGGCUCUUUUUGCUUUGCCUACUAUUGGUAUCACCUCUGUGCUCAGUGCCAGGCAAAAUGCUAGGUAAGAGGAGAGUAAAAGAAACCUCUGGUAGAUUGUAACCAAUCACAACGUAUUGACUUUGGGUUCUUUAAACUUUGGCAGCCAGGAGGUGAGAGCUGGCUGUUACUCCCUUUCUUAAGAGACUUUAAGCCACAUGCCACUAACCAGAAGCAAGCUGGCUAAACAGCUGAUGAAAUAGUUUAUUUUUACAUUGUAUUAUAGAAAAGUAAUAGGACCUAUCAGAACCUGCACUGACCAAUAAACAUGUUGCCAAGAUGAAUCGGUCUCUAGCUCUAUUUGCUGAUUUUGCUACAGAGAGCAAUAUAGUUCCUCAUUCAAAUUGCCACCCACUGUUCUCCCCCUUUAGAACAUGUAAGGACCAGGCCCUAUUCCAUGACCCUCUUUAAUGGUGGGACAAAUGUUAAACUGCUCAUAUAAAGAUGUUAAUAUUAUUCCAGGUUUUAAGAUCAACUUUUGUUAUAUACUGUAAUUUAAAUAAACUGCAUUUACAUACCUAGUUUCUGUAAUAUCGUGUAUACAAAACCCAAAUCUAUCAAGAUGUAAAUUAUGUAUACCUGCCAAGAUACCUUCUCCAGGGUGUCUGUGCACAUUUUAAGUUAAUUCUUAUAAUAUAAAAAUGACUCAAUGUGACUGUUGAUUUGCUGAACUUUACAUAUCACAAAGUGAAUUAUUUGUGAUACUUUAGUUAAUAAAAUGGUGAAUUUUUUUCUCAGUUAUUGAACAAGCAUUACCCAAUUGAUCUGGCAAUGACUUUUUUGUGUGUGGGCCACAAAUAUUGAUUUUCCCAUUAACAAUUCUUUUUUGUUUUUUAAAUACUAAUAUGUUUCACACUAUAGUUUGUGUAACAACACGUGUUCGCAUUAUCUAUGUUGCUGUUACUUUUGUGCUUUUAUUCUUUUUAGAUUUCAUUAAAAAAAAAAAUAAUAAAACAAAACCAAGCUCCUGUAAUUUGCACUUUCUCCCAAUCCUUUAAUCUCUUGUAUGGCAACCAAAAUUACUGUAAAAAAAUAAAUAUACUAUUGCA